AUGGCUGACAUGACAACAUUGAUAGUUAUCAGUUCCUUUAUCAUGUUCCCAGCUGUGAUGAUGGCACAGGAAGUUGUAAACCAUGGAGGUAAUGACUAAUGACAUCAGGGCCAAAAUUUUAUUGCGCACCUGUUUGUAGGCAUUAAGUUUUAAGCACCCUGUUGUUGUUUCAUAUACAAAAAGCUGUCAAAAAAUCAUUCUGAAGUAAAAGAAAAAAAAAAUGAAAUAGUGAUUUUUACACAUAAAAAAUGUGCGAUCAAGACUUCAAAACCAGCCAAACGCCUUCGUUCAAGACUGAUCCUCUGUUUUACUUUCUUAGUAAGCUUUAGUAGAUUUUAAAUGAAUUUGUAUCUUAGAAAAUCGUGCUAUUAUUAUUAUUAUUAUUAUUAUUAUUAUUAUUAUCGUCAUCUUCAUUUUUCUAUUGCUAUAAAAUUAUAAUUAUUCCUGUUCCAAUACUACCGUGGCGAAGGUUUAUAAUAGGGAGCUUAUAAAGCAACAACGACGGCGACAGUUACAAAAACGUCAAUAUUGAUAUCUGUAUUGUACUCUGGUUAUUGACCUGAUUGGUUAGUUAAGUCUCGAUGUGAUUGGUCUUGUGUCAGUUAAGCCGUGUUGUUAUUGGCUAUGAAGACUCGGGUCGUUUCUAUCGGUCUUUUGUCACAGUUUAACAGCGAAGAUCCAGCGACAAGAAAUGGUGAUGUCAACAAUCACACUUCUUAUUGCUGAACAUGCACCAUUUCCAGACAAAACAUUAAAUCGACCGGGACUCUGCAACGCGUAUUACGCAUUCUACAGACUACCAUAACUAGUACUUAUCUUAGAAAGCUGGCUUACUAAAUUAGACCAAAAGCUACUGGAAUGGCAGUCAGUGGGCACGGUACAAACGACUUAUGGCGGACUCAAGCAAAACUGACAAAAACAGAAGUGACUUAAUAGGCAAGAGACAAUUUGACUAACAACAAACGACUUUGACUAUGAAGACGACUACCCGUCACGGUCCUAUUGAGGACUACACCCUGACGAUCAUUCUCCACCUACUUAUGGAUUUAUAAUUACUGUUCAUUUAUUGUUUUGCUGUUUCGCAGUUUGCCCCGUUCCGAUGAAUAAAGAAGAAGAGGAGAUAAUUAAAGAGCAGGAAAAAAACAGAGAACAAAUGGAAGAGAUCAUGAGAGAGAUUGAAAUAAGUUGUUUAGGUGAGUGAUAAAAAACCAUGGGAUGAAUAAUUGAGUACAAGUAAAAAUUGAACUUAAGGAGGGUUGGCGUCGUUUUUGUUAUACAAAGAACAAUGUAAAUUAUGCAUUUCUGAACCCGUUCUCUUCAUUGGAAGCGUUGUCGCCCGUGGGACGAAAAAAAUCCAGCGCGGAUGCCCGGGGGGUUAAGGGGGGUGUACUCUGGAUUUCAAGGAUAGAUCCUUAGAGAUUUUGUUCCAACGUGUACUCUCCAUUGUAUAUACAACGCUCUCAUUCAAUCUCAAUUCGAGUAUAGUGAUAUUGUCUGUGGUAAUUGUGGAAAAACUUUGUUUGACAGGCUACAGAAGCUUCAGAACCGUGCUGCUCGUGUCCUAACCUUUUUUAGAUAUGGUGCUUAUGCCAACCGCUUAUUUAAACAUCUUAAUUGGAAAGACUUGAGCACUCAGUUUCAAAUACAAAAAGCCCUAAUGGUUCACAAGUCUUAAAACGAUCUUGUUCCAGGAUAUUUAUCCUCUAAAUUGUUAAACGAUGUGAAACGGGCUACUCCCUGAGGGACUCUGUUAACAAACUGAGUGGGAGCUAACUUCAUGACGAACAGCUUCAGUUAUAGGGGAGAAGUGAUAUGAGAGGGCUAACUUUUAUACCACGUAACUGCACUGAAGCACACGUAACAUCACUGCGUUAUGGCCAGUACUUUAUGCAUGCGCACAACCGUAUCACCCGAGCAGUGGCAGCUAUGGACCGCUGGUUUGCCCUUAUUGGGGCUCACCAGCUUGGCAGAGCCGAUGGGUCAACUAGCAGGAGAUAGCUGGCGUAUCAAAGAGGAGAGUGCAAGCGCUGCUUUAAGCGCCAGCUUUACCAUAAACAAGUGGUAGCUGUUGGUUGGGAACUACAAAACAGUUCCCUCACGGCAUGCGUAUGGAGAUGGUAUCAGAAAAAUUGACCUGUGCACCCAAAUAAAUUUGAAACAAUACCAAUUAAUUGCAUUGAAGAACACGUAUCAACUCCGCGGUCGGUAUGGCCAGUACCUUACGCAUGUGCACAACCAUGAGCCCCAAUACGGGCGAAACAGCUGUCCAUGGCUGCCACUGCCGGGGUGAUAUGGUUGUGCGCACGCUCAAGGUACUGGCCAUACCGCGGAGUUUGUACGUGUGCUUCGGUGCAGUUAAUUGGUAUUGUUUCUUAAUCUUUAAGUCAAUUUAAACAACUGGCUCGUCUGAAUUUCUGAAUUUCAUGAAUUUCAUGAAAAACAGGUCUUAGUCAGGUUAGUUAUAUAAAGUUUUGCAUAUUGUUUAGGGUAGUUAGGUUUAUUUAAGAUUUGUUAUACUCCUGAUGAAUUUUACCGUGUUUACAUAAAGAAUUAUUCUUUUCUAUUCCUAUCAGUUGAAAUCCGGAGUACCCCCACCCUCCUGGCGAGGAUGCAAACCUCACUGGACAGUGUACAGGGGCACCCAACGGGAAAUUUUAAACAACAACAAAGCGUGAAUAAAGCUUUCUGAAGCCAUUUUAAGCAUUCUGACAGAUUGCUAGGAAAAAUUAAUCUGUUCCUCCCUCCCAGGAAGACUGAUGGAAGAGUUCCCAGCCAGCAAGGUGCACCUACAACCUAUAACCUGACUUACUGGAAAUUUCCCAGCAGACGUAUGUCCAGACAUUACGGGCCAGUUUUGGUGUGGUCAUAGGGCGAAAUUCACCCCUUAGCAGUGGGGGUGGGGGAGGGGUUUCUGAUCCAUAACACAUAGUAACUAUUCUAAACAUCAAAUCCCCUCGGACAGGACAUAUUAUUUCUUCCACAUCUCCCAGCCAGCAAAAAUUGGCCUGAAGAACAGAUAUUUUGAGGAUCAGGUCCAUUAGGUGCCCCUGAGUGUAGCCUAGCAGCACUAUACGAUGCGUCCUUAGGGGUGCAAAGUUUCUUGAUUAAAGUUUUGAGACUAACGUUCCAAGUCCUUUAACAAACAUGUUUAGUAAAUCACGCCCUGGUUGGUGACAUUCAACGAAGAGUAUUCAUAAAUUAUAGUAAUUUGAACUCAGUUGAACUGUUGCAAAUAAAUAAUUUAAACAGCCCUUGAUAGGCUGAAAGUGAAAACGGACUUUGCAGGUGGAUUACUUUACGUCAAAUAAAUUCUUAUACCUAACUUCCACUUGCUGAUUUGUAGAUGAGUGUAAAACAGGACUACAUAACUGCCACGAUGAUGCAUACUGCACCAACACCAAGCUUUCCUUCACUUGUACUUGUAAGCCUGGAUAUAAUGGGGAUGGUGUUAACUGUGCAGGUAGCAAACAAUACGGAGCUUAAACUAACAGGAGUUUAAUCUUUAAUUUUAUGCUAUUCCAUACCAUAAAGAUUAGAGCCAGUCAGAAAGCUGGAAACCGGUUUCAUAUUUAGUCAGUGGUAUGUGUCAGAUCGGUAGUUUCUUUGUGUUAUGGACGGGUGCAAUCACAAAAUGACGUAAUACAAAAGAUUAAAAAGACACUGAGAAUAUCUACACCACAUAACAAUAGCUAACCAAUAAUAGUUUCCCCAUCACCAAGAAACACCCCACAGGUCGUAUCCACGAAAAAUGUUAGGUGUUAGUUGCAGCCUCUAGAUUCCCCGUAGCGUGCGAACAGGCUUACAUGUGCGAUUUCGAGGGAAAUUUGGGCGUGCACAUUUUCCUAGCCCUAUUAUUCUCGCCGGCUUUGUCUGCUCCGAGCCGCCAAAAUUUCCUUUUCGCGGGCUAAAUUCCCCCAGCGAAUUAGCUUUCCAAGUGUGGAACACGUAAAACUUUGGUUUAUCAUUUGUAUUUUUUAGUUAUUUGGCAUUCAAUCUAACUUUCUUUUUUGUUUUGUCCACUAUAAAAGCUAUCAUUCUAUAAAUAUAUGAUAUAUAUCUAUCCUCAUUGGAUAGAAUCGACACGAAAAUCGAACAAAGCCCGUUGAUAAUUCAGCAUUAACUCUUGACUUGCAGACAUAAACGAGUGUGAAACUGGAAAACACCACUGUGACGCCGAUACUUCAGCGUGCUAUAACACUAAAGGAUCUUUCAAGUGUGUCUGCAGGUUUGGUUUUUCCAAAAAAGGAGAACAUAAAUGUACAGGUAAAUAUACCACCGAGCACUUCAAGAUAUGCUAAUUGCAAUGGAUUCUUUAAAAAUGUCUUCUUCUUUUGUCGAAUUUAAGUGGGGUGAAUCAGGUUGAAAUGAUAAAAGCAUCGUCAAAAUAGGAACGUAUACGGCAUAUUAUGAUGCUUAAAAGAUCUACAGUUUAAUAAUGCAGCAUUAACUCUUAAUUUGCAGACAUAAACGAGUGUGAGACAGGAAAACACAACUGUGACAACACCAGUUCAUGGUGCUAUAACUUUGGGGGAUCAUUUUGGUGUCUUUGCAGGAAAGGGUAUUCCAGAAGUGGACUUGAACGCGUUUGUACAGGUAAAUAUACUACCGAGCACUUCAAGAUAUGUUAAUUGAAAUGGGUACUUAAAUAUAUCUUCUUUUUUUCAAUUUUCCUUUUCGCGGGCUAAAUUCCCACAGUGAAAGCUUUCCAAGUGUACAACAUGUAAAUUGGUUUAUCAUUUGUAUUUUUUAGUUAUUUGGCAUUCAAUCUAACUUCCUUUUUUGUUUUGUCCACUACAAAAAUUUAUCAUUCUAUAAAAAUAUGUUAUAUAUCUAUCCUUAUGGGAUAGAAUCGACACAAAAAUCGAACCCGAUUGAUAAUUCAACAUUAACUCUUGAUUUGCAGACAUAAACGAGUGUGAGACUAGAAACCACCAAUGUGACCCCGAUACUUCACGGUGCGUUAACACUAAAGGAUCUUACAAGUGUGUCUGCAAGUCGGGUUUUUCCAAAAGUGGACAUGAACAUAAUUGUACAGGAAAAUAUACCACCGAGCACUUCAAGAUAUGCUAAUUGAAAUGGAUACUUUAUUAAAAAUGUCUUCUUCUUUUGUCGAAUUUAAGUGGGGUUAAUCAGGUUGAAAUGAUAAAAGCAUCGUCAAAAUAGGAACGUAUACGGCAUAUUAUGAUGGUUAACAGAUCUGCAGUUUGAUAAUUCAGCAUUAAUUCUUAAUUUUCAGACAUAAACGAGUGUGAGACAGGAAAACACAACUGUAACGCCACCAGUUCAUUGUGCCAAAACACUAAAGGAUCAUUUCGGUGUGCUUGCAGGAAAGGGUAUUCCGCAAGUGUACCUGAACAUAAUUGUACAGGUAAAUAUACUACCGAGCACCUCAAGAUAUGUUAAUUGAAAUGGGUACUUAAAUAUAUCUUCUUCUUUUCGUGCACGGGUUUACGUGAAUCAAGUUGAACAGAAAUUGUGUAAUUCAUCAAAAACUCUCGUUUUCUUUUCUUAGUUUGUCCAUUUUUUUUUCUUUUGCUUUGCUUUGAAAAUAGAGAUUGAAAUAAAGAGAUCGGAACUAACUGCUUGAAGAGCGUAAAAUAGCGCGACGCACUCGCUCGAGGGCCAUGGGCACUGUCCUUCAUGAACUGGAAUGAAUGACAGAAUGACGCAUUAUCGAUUUUUUUUUUUUUUACAGUGUCAAGUUGUAAGGACAUUUAUGACACGACUUUGUGAGUACAGCAUACGUGAUUACUAUGGUGUUAGCAACAUUUUUACUACUUUUUUUCGUGUCGAUAUAAGACACAACUUUUCUCAUAUCAUAGCAAAUACCAGUUUCUUCUGGUUCGGACUUUAGACAAGGGCUUUCUUUGCGUACAAUGUAACCACAUCCCCCUCCCCCCAAAUUAACUGUUUAAGCUUCGUCAUGUGGAGCACUAUGUCAGUUAGUGUUAUCUGGAAAAGGUGACUGCAAUGGUUUUUACUAAGAGCAAAACUUCCCAAGUUUGAGCUUUAAUUACAUACUGCGGACAACUGAGAUCUCGGAAAAAUGAAAUCAUGGCUUUAAAAGACAUAGAGGAAAUCUUGCUAGGACCAGUGUCAAUAACAAAUUUUAAAAGAAAUUUAUCGAACAGUUUCGCAGUUGUUAUCGCGUUUAUAGAAGUAUGACACCACUUUUAUGAAAAAUUAAAAAUUGGAAUAAAUUACUGAGAAAUCUGAGAAAGGUCCAAGUGUCAGAAUUGUUAGAAAGGAAUACGAGAGAGCGUUAAUUUGCUAAUUAAAAGAAUUUUAUAAUUCUAAUAAAUUAUUAUACAUAUAGACUUUGAACUUGUGAGUAAUCAAGGCAAUAGAGUGAUGAAAUAUGUUGUAUAAUUCAUUUUUGCCGUGCAUAUUUCUUAAUCAUACAAAUUAUUAUAUGUUAAUCAGUAUUAUUGUAAGCUGUUUAAAUUUGAGGGCCACAAGUUGAUCCGUUUGACACUCUUGCUGUCACUUGUUACCUUUUUACGUAAAUCUAGUUGUCAUCUUAUCUCACUGUGCAAUAAACAAUCAAGGAGGCAAAACUAUUCAGGCUGUGUUAAUUACAUUUCGCCAUGUCACCUAGUACCAUAAAAUGGAAUUGUAGCUGCAGCAAAGGUUUCCAAAUUUUUCUGUAGAUAUUAUUUAAGUGUUUUAAAGUCAUAAUAACACAAGAUGUUCUUCACUUCAACCUUUUUCAGGGGUCACAAGUUCAAAUUUCCAUCACUUCGGCUAGUGUUGUGUUUGUAGCUGUCUGUCUAUAAGUUUGACAUACCUCUGAGACAAAUUUUGUUGUCUCAUCGUCACACCCUAAAGCACCUGCUAAAGAAUGGGUUUGCCGGAAAUGUAUUGGUAGCUUUCUACCAUCUAUCGACAUAGGAUGAUGAAUGCGCGUACAACAGCAGUACCAUGAAUCAUGAUGUGCACCUACAAGUAUUAAUUGAAAAGAGCAUGCAACUAAAGAUCACGCAUAUAAAUACCUGGAGCAUGAUAUCGACAUACGAUGGGCUGCUGCUUAAUUUAAAACAAUACUACGGCGGCCCCGAAGGCUCAAACAGAAAUAAAAAAGAAACAGCACAUAAAAAAGAAGAAAACGCAAUAAAAAAAGGAAAACGCAAAUGAAAAAAAAGAAAACGCAAAUAAAAAAACAAAGAAAAUGCAAAUAGAAAAGGAAAACGCAAAUAUGACAAAAACUUAAAGCAAACGCGCAAACAAAAAAGCACAACACAAACAAAAAAAGCAAGACGCAAAUAAAUUAGAAAGACGGAAGUAAAAAGCAAAACGGAAGUAAACAGAAAACGCAAAGGGCCUGACUUCUCGCAAACCGCCUUCUUUAGUGUUUUUGAUACAGAUGCAAUGGACAGCAAAGAAGUAAGGCGAUUAAUUGAACACUCUUUUCACCAUGGAUUUCAAAACCAAGUUAUUGUUGAUUUCCUUAAUAAUCGAUAUGCAGUCACAAUGAGUCCUUCAACUUUGAAACGAAGGCUUUGUGACUACGGUCUCAGCAGACGUAUCAUGGACGUUAGCGAUCACGAAGUUAGGGAAAUCGUGCAAAGGGAAAUAUCUGGUCCCGGCGAACUUCGUGGUUACAGAGCAGUGUGGCAGUAGCUAAGAUUGAAUCAUCACAUCCAUGUGCCAAGAGAAUUAAGGGCUGCCAAUAUUCUUUGUGAGCUAAAUCCAGCUGGAACAAGAGAGAGCAGUCUGACACAGAAGGCUACAGUACAAAAUCCUUUGGUUGGAAGUUGAAAGGUCAAAUAACAGGCCUGAGGUCCCUUCAAUGUGUAAAAGAAAAUGCUGGUUGUCCACGCCUUGGGAGAAUUGGUCGUGGCACCGAAAAUGGAACUUUGGCAGCGUGUACAGUUACUUCAGACAAGAAGGCAAAGGUCUCGCUGAUCUCUGCACAUUUCUUCUACCACCUUCAGGGAGAAGUGAGAAAAAAAUUCACUGGUGCUCAUUUCUUAAUUCUCAGAACUUGUCUUUUGCAUUUAUAAUCAUAUUGUAAGGAUAAAUUUGAAGCAGAUCGCACCCUUGGUCAAGAAGGCAUAUUUAGAAUAAUAAAAUAACUCAGGAGGAAGAAAAAGGGCGAUAUACUAUGACUUUACUAUGCCCCGUUUUAAAACGGUAAAAUACGGGAUACUGUCUCUGAAAUAUCUGGGACCUUUCUUGUGGUCUAGGCUAACAAAAGAGGAAAGUGACAAGAACAGCUUGGGUGUUUUUAAACGUUGUAUAAAGAAAAGAUUUAACAAUUUUAUUUCAGAUGGGGAUGUAAAACCUGUCUUUUUUGCAAUAGUUGAAUUAAUCACUUGAGCUGCUUUAGUUUAAUUAUUAUUAAUGUUAAUUGUUAUAUGUUACUAGGCAACCAGUAUCUUUGUAAGUACCUUUCUAUCACCUUUACAUCUUAUUGUACAAACUUAUUUUAUGGUAUAAGCACAGUGCGACCAAUCAGUGUGUUUUUGGCGCUAGAACGUUUGACACUUAAAAACUGUGACUCUAACCCUACAGUUUGACGUUUCCUUGUGCUGCAUGUGUCUUUCUGCAAACUUCUUUGUCACUCAGUAGAGAAUUGUUCUACAAUUGUUCCUUAAUUUCCAGUGCGAAACCACAAGGGAGGUUACGUUACGGGGAAUGGGAAGUAUGCUGAACCUAGACACCUUCUCUUGGCAAGAGAGCCCGUGCAAAUUAUAUAAUCGCCAGUCUAGAUGGAACUGUUAGACUUCAGGAAAAUAGAAAACCCAGUCACUUGGACUUCUGCAUUAACAAUCGCGCGUUCUUGAUACGAACAAUUAAGGUAGCACAUACAGCCGCACGCGCAAGAUUGGAGCCACCGCACCACUAGUAACAUCAGAGACAAACAGUUUCAGCUAUAUAAUUCUCCAGUGGCAAGCAAUUUGGCAGAAAUACACAAGCAAGUCUCAAAAUGUGGGGAUAGAAAGACAUUAAGAUUCACAGUUUAUCGCGUUAAACACAAGAAACACCAAACAAUUGUGCACGAAAAAGAAGAACCACUCGUUAAGCAAUUAACUGUAGGUCACACCGACGUCAUGUACGUAAAUGGAAUAGAAUUACGCCAAAGAUUAAAGCCACCAACGCCAAUAAAAUCAGAAACGAACAAUUCUCUACUGAGUGACAAACAAGUUUGCAGAAAGACACAUGCAGCACAAGUAAACCUCAAAAUGUGGGGUUGGAAAGACUAUAAGAGUCACAGUUUUCCGCUUUAUACACAAAAACGCCAAACAAUUGCUCACGAAAAACAACUACUCAUUAAUCAAUUAAUUGACGACAUAUCCACGUCAUAUAAGUAUUAGAAAUUCGCGAGACAUCACCGCCUAUACAAUCAGAGAAAAACGGUUCUCUAGUGGCAAUUAAGUCACAACCUCAAAAGUAGCACAAACUAGCCUAAAAUUGUAAGGAUAGAGAGACAUCUAGAUUGAUAGUUUUCAGCGUUAACUCAAAAAACGCCAAAAAAUUGUACCACUCAUUAAUCAAUCUAUUGAUCCAUACCCACGUCAUAUACGUAAUUGUCAAUUUAUAGUAUAUAAAGAGUUGUGACAUAUAGUUAACGCAAUUAGUCCAACGGCGCGUAAUCGACCGGACAAGCUGAAACUGUAAAAUUCCGCUGAAGAAGACAGUAAAGUCGAAACCGGUCCGGAAAAUGGCUUGUUUUGGUUCAGACGGCUGGAUGGGUACUCAACCAUAAGUACUAUCCUUAAUUUCCAGUGCGAAACCGCAAGGGAGGUUACGUUACGGGGAAUGGAAAGCAUGCUGAACCUAGACACCUUCUCUUGGCAAGAGAGCCCGUGCAAAUUAUAUACAUAUAUAUAUAUAUAUAUAUAUAUAAACUAGCCACCUCCACUUUGGUGGAUUUUGUCAAGUUGUUCCAUACUAAUAUUCCCUUACACUUUACUGAUUGUUUUGGUAGUUAGUGCGUGCCUGUAUUGUAUGAACGUUUGAGGAUGAUCUUGUAUUAUGUUUGUGAAUAUCUUUGUUCAGAGUAAAGAAAUUCUUAAAAGAUGAAGGUAAAAUAUUAUGAUAGUAACAGUACAUAAACAAAGCAAUGGCUUCCUUGUUAAUGUCAUCUAAAGGUAUAAAAUUGAUAACUCUUUAAAGAGUGCACUUGGACUUGUAUGAUCUGUAAAUUUUGAAAAAGUUAUUAUUCUUAUAAUUUUGUUUUGUAGUUUCCUUAUUGUUUGAUAUGUCUUCUUGAAAUGUUUGCCGUUAGAAUUACAUUCGCGAUCCCAGAUCGCGGACUAUUACAGCAGCCGCAAGCGAAAGAUGUAGUCCAUGUAGAGCAUAGCAUAGUUUUGACUUUAAAAAUAACCAGUGGCGGAUGCAGAUCUUCAGAUAAGGGGAGGAGGGUGGGGGACGGCCAUCCAAACCCUGAGAAAAGGGUGGAGGGCCGUCUCAAAAAAACUUUUUUUCGGCCCUUCGGGCCUCAGUUUGGUCUAAAAAUGGGGGCUGGGUUCCCCGGGCCCCUCCCCUGGAUCCGCCACUGAUAACUGUGGGUCAAUGCAGUGUGCUCCUUUGUGGACGUCGUAAAAAGCUCCAAAGCAUUGUAGAAGCGAGUUAACCACUGAAGAGUUUGAUUUUCAAUACUUAACUUAUUAGAGCCGGGAACUCUGCUCAGCUCUGACUGGAUAUUACUAAGAAGGCGUGAAAAAUAUUCCGCGAAAGCUCUUUCUAUAAAUCUACCUGGAGUUAUGAAAACCGAGUUAGCGAACAUUUUGUAAUUUUUCUCAACUUCCCCUGUCUAAUAGCUUGUUUACUGUGUUGUUUGCUUAUGUCGUAUUUUUUGGCUUGUCUUGUGGUUAGGGAUUUGUGUAGAAGUGAAUGUAGACAGAAUUACUAUCUUACUCCCCUCCCUAUUUUUUCCCUACCCACAAUUCUUUCUUUAACACAAGUGACAGUUCUUUCUUUAACACAAGUGACAAUCAGCGGGCGCCUAAAGCUGGUCUCGGUGCCGUUUAGCAGUUUAGUUUUAUAUAUUGGUCAUGCACCUUGAGAAAAGUUUCCCGGAGAGCAUCAUGUAAAGCUCUGAGAUGGGACAAAGUUAUUACGAUUCGCAGAGUCAGCAUCGUCCAAUAGACGUAUUAUAUUCUCGUUUCAUUUGGCUAAACGGAUCAAUCACCCUGAUCCGGGCAGAGACAGAAAGGUACAAUAUUGUUCGCUUUUCUAACCACUAAGUCUUCGGCCUCUGGAACAGGCUCUUAGCUGAGUCAGAUGAAUUAGGUGAGAGCAAAAUUGCAGGUGAUCUUUGACCUGGGCCAAGACCGACCAUGUGACUCUACAUCCGGGAACUUGAAUAAGACAAGUGUAAGAGAAAAGUCCAGAGGUGUUUAUCUGGCAAUAGGCUGAGUUUUUCCGAGUUAUUGGAUGAUAUUUCGCUUAUGUUAAACGUGAGUGAGAAGAUUAUGCGUGGUUGUGGAUAGUCUUAUCAGUGCCGCGAAAGUGUGUGAUUGUGUGAUUUCCGCAUGGUGUUGACAGGUAUGUGAUCGCGUAGUUGAACUGCGGUUUCGCCAAAAUAUUCCGUGCCAGCCAUUAAUAUUGUUUUGUCGGUGUUUGGCUUAGCUGAUUGUACCUUAGAAAAGCAACUCUCGACUCAGGAAAAUUGGAUCUAGGUCUAGUUUCAGCGGGCUCUAAUAGCUUUGUUCAAUAGGCCGGUUUUUGCAAAUAAGAAGGUGAUAAUUUGUGCGCUAUGUUUCAUUCAGUUUGUUGUCUAUUCUAUGCGGAAUCGGCUGUUGUUUAUCGGACCGGGAAAAAAGUAGUGUUUUGCUAACUAUUUAAGUUGUUACGUAAGCCUUUACCAGGCACUCUUUCGCUGCAGUUCGCUCAACUUAAAAAUUUCUAGACUGAAAUGACACCGGUUUCAAACUUCGCAAAGUCAGUUUACUGAAUAAAUGUUCUAAAAUUUGCUUCAAUUUAAAUUUGGACUAGUUGGAAUGCUUCUAGGGACCAUUAACUUACUGCCCGACGUCAUAUAAAGGCUUUUAAUCGGCCUUUGAAUGCGUUUUUUUGUUUUAAAUUGCCAAGUAGUAGAAUGAGUUGAUAUUUUUGCUAACCCGGUUUUUAAAAAUCCAGGUAUAAAUAAAUUUCCAUGGGAAAGGGUUGACUCCAAGGGCUCAUAUGGGAGAUGAAGGCUCCUUCUAAUCGGGUACUGAUUCUUUUUAUUGUAAUAAUCUCUCUUUUCUCGCAACUUUCCGAGUUUCGUAACAAAUCUGAAGGUAAAGUGUCGGAAAUAAAGCAGGGGCACCCAACGACGGUUUCCUCCUAAAUACACUGAAAACACUUUUUAGGCUAUCCAGAGUACUUUCAGAAAUCUAGAAAUACAUUCUAGCGGCGCCAUACAAUUUGUAUCUGUACGGUCAUCCUAGGGGAACUUGAUUACUUUCGAAAUUACAAGGGCUUCAGUAUUAUUUUCCUAAAAAUAUUAGGUGCAAUUUAACGUAUUACGAAGGAGAGAAUUUUUCUGAGUCCCCUUUCUAUCACAAUUGUUAAAUCAGAAAAUUUUAGGCUUCCUCUUUUCUACGAAAAGUAGCCUAACCUGGGGAGUGAAAUGUGAAAGAUUAAACUUCCGAAAAUCGUAGGGAAUUUAUUAGUUGAGCUUCGAAAAUUGUACAUGAAUGGAGCGGUCGUCAAGAAAUUUUUAGCCGUCCGCACGUAAUCAGAAAAUUCUAGGCAACAUUUGUUUCUCAGAACAGACAUUUUACAGAAAACAGUCGUUGGGUGCCCCUGGUAAGGCGUCUUUGUACUUGAAAGAUGUAUUGUUUAUUCAAAACAUUAUGCCUCGCGUAGUUUCAAAUUUGUUGUCAUACAAGUCAAACAUCAUGAAGUGGUCUGAGAAACACGCUGCAAUUUUAUGCUGGGCGAUCGUAGAUACUUAUCUUUUGAAUUCAAAUUAUCAAACAAAGCAGUUGUUAACAAGUUCCUCACAUCUCUGAAAGACUUCAUGGCGGAGCAAAAUCCAACCUACCAUCAGGCGUUUUUAUUUUUUCUCGUUUUCUUUUUUUGGCAGGCAACCUGAAGUCUGACCGUCGCGACCUCUCAUUUUGCUUAUUCUUAAGUUUAUAUUUUCGCCCCAGAAGACGCUCUUUUAGUUCCAUUUCUCCUCGGCCUGGCAUGCACGCCUUCCUCUUGGUUGCAGUCCAGGUUUGCUUAAGGGAGCUGUGUCACGAAAUUCAGCCAAAUUAGGAAAUUACAAAAUGCCCGUUAAAUUAAGAUAAACGUAAAAAGAACCGCUUAAAACUUUAAAGGAAAGUUUAAAUAACAUAACAGAAACAACAGAUGCCACGGAUGGGCAAAACCGAAGAAGAUUGAAACGGAUUGAAAUUAGGGUUUUUGAAAACUGUUCAGCCUAAUAGUUUUUCAAAGUUGAUCCCUGCUGCUUGCAGGGUAAGCAAGAGAAAGGACCUUUCUCUUACAGUGGAAACUCGGGGUUAAAGGAAAUCGCUUAAAUCGCAAUGGAUCGGAAAAAUAACCACACAGCAAACAAAAACAAGCAAAGUAAAUACGGUAAGCUGUAUUUUAUUGAACAUUCUAGCGAGUAUUAUCAAUUUGAAUCUUUUACCUGAAUUCCCAUACAAAUCCUUUAUAUUCACGGCCAUUUUAAAUUACGCAAUAUGAAACUACAUGUGUUAAUGAUUUAACUCACACACUGAGCUUGGGCUGCCUGUGGGUUUACCAGCCAAAACAAAUCAAAACAUGUGCCCUUGUGUGCAGACCGUUUGAAGAAAUCUUGUGCGAGGCCGCGGAAAAUUUAACGUGUGCGAGGGAAUUAUUUCUUUACAAUUUACUGAGCAUGACAUAUCACAUCAUAUUUGUAAACUGAGUGUCUUAGAAAACUACAAAAGCGGCGUGGACUUCGCACCAGGCAGGCAUUUCGGAGAAAGCCAGCCAAAGAAACUAAAAUCUUUAUUUGGCCGUAACAAACAGAGGUCAAAGAAAAUUUAACACUUUACAACUGCAUCUGAAAACAAAUCCUAUCAGGAACACCCUCAGAAGCAUAAACUAGAGGAAAUGAUUACUCAGUAUGCAUGUAACAAACCUGCUUCAUAGUUCAUGACCUCUAAAUGUAAGACUUAGUGCGGCAAAAACGAGAUUUACUCAGUCAAAGUUGAGAAUGCUACAUACACUGUGUGGUGCUAGUAACCUUCGCGCGAAAGAAAAAAGAAGAAAAACCUCUGUUCAAGCAGACUCUCAGGGUCACGUUUCGUAUUAUCACGAGUUUAUGAUGUUGUGCUUGGCCUGUCAACUCUUAUUUCUAACCGGAUACUAUUUCACAAUUUAUGCGAAAUAGAAUACCCUGCCAGCGGGACGCUGGAACACGAUUAGCGACGGCGUUACGCAGACGUCCCUUUUCCGCGUGCAGCAAAGGAAAUAGGAGACGUCUGCACGCAGGCAAGGUUACAGAGACUUGACGAUCUUCCCAAUGAACUUGUUGCUUCAUGGGAUGGGCAGAUUUUGGCAGGCGAUGUAAACAUCCAUAUGAUCAAACAACAAACAUCUGAUGUCAAGCGGUAUAGUGAAAUCCUCGAAUCACUGAACUUGAAGCAAGUCGUCGCCAAAGCAACAAGAACUACGAAGUCCAGUAAAACGCUUGUUGAUGACGUUAUUACCAAUCUUCCUAAACGCGUUACAAAUACUGAUGUUCUCCCACGUACACUCGAUCAUGACGCGUCAUUAUCCAGGGGCAUCCAAUUUAGCAGAGCUAGUUUAAAUGGAGCCCUGACACAACACAAAAACAGAGACAUUAAAACUCACAAUUGAUUAUGUUACAAAGGCAACAUGUACUGCAGGCGUUACUGUUUAAAAUGGCGCUUUAGCUUGAUUUUAAAUUCGCUGAGGGUCUCUACUUGUCCAAUGAUUCUCGGUACUGGGUGUUGUAGGUCCGAGCACCGUUUAUUCAGAAGCAACCUUGGUAUUUCGUAGUUUUUGCGAAGGGAGAGCGCAGCAAAUCACGGCUUCUGGUGUUAUAGCCAUGGAAAAGGUGCGUGUGCCUAAACUCUGCAAGUAAGUACGAAGGCGCUAUUCCGUGAAGACACUUAAUGUGGGCUUAGACGCAUUUGAGAUAAUUUCUGUGUGCUUGUAGACUGGGCCAGCCAAGUGUUGAUUUUAACUCCUCAGCCCCGAUAGAUUAGCCUGCGAACAGCAGACACAUUUCCGGUCGUCGAUAGAUCGGCCUUCAAUAAUACAUGAGGCGCGUCAAUUUAGCUUAUCUAGAUAAGCUUUGUUCCCAACCCCAAAGCUGUCCCAGACAGGCGAACAGUAAUCGAACAAUGGCAAGACUAUAGUAUUGUAGAGCAUUUGACAAGUUGGCUUGUAAAGAACCUUACGCGCUCGACGCAGAAUACCUAAUCUAGACGAGAUCUUAUUACCGAUAUAUUCUAUGUGGUCCUUCCAAGAUAAGGUGUUGUUUAGGACCCCAAGAUAUUUAAACUUGUUAACUCUUUCUAAACUCGUGUUACUGAUUUCUAUAACUAGAUCGACAGCCUCCGCGGUCCUCUGAUGGGUACCAACAAGCAUAAUCUUCGUUUUUUCAAGAUUUAGUAUUAGAAAAUUAAAGUGAAGUCAGCUUAGGACAUUAGUUAGGCCACUAGUUAACUGAGCUUGAAUUUCACUGACUGACUUUCUUGCAAAAUAGAUAAGUGUAUCGUCAGUAUGAAGCACGACGCUACAACCUUGAACCGCCUGAGGUCAGUCAUUUAUGUAGAUGAUAAAUAAUAAAGGGCCAGGUACGCUACCCUGGGGGACCCCGAAAGAUAUAGGCUGGGGCUCAGACAAGAUCCCAUUAGUGCAAACACUUUUGGUGCGCAUGGUUAAGUAGGACCUAAACCGUUGGACAGAAGAGCGAUUCAUUCCUAGUGAAGUUAACUUGUCUAAAAUGAUGCUACGAUCUAAGGUGCCAAAGGCCUUGCUUAGGUCUAAAAAUAUAAGACCAGUUAAUAGUCCUUUGUCAAUGUUUUCCAGCAGAGUGUUUGUCACGUGUGUGAGGCACAGCCAAUGCGCUUGUCAUCCGUUUCACCCAAGAUACAAGGUUAUUAGGUACGAAAAACAGUUCAGGGACGAUUUUACUCAACUUCAUCUGAGGUCGUUUAUGCUUUAAUUAGAGGAUCCUAAAGAACUAUUAAGCGCUUUCAAUGCUAUUAUUUCGGACUGUUGAGAGUGACAUUCACCCUUAAAGCGUGUGAGCGUGACAAGACCACCUGCGCUCUGGUUGAAUGAUCCGAACAUUCGAACGCUGCAGGAGGCAUACAGGCGUUAUCGUAGGGAAGCACCACACCCCCUCACAGUGAGGCUGCUAGGGACAUCUUCAAAGACGCUCGCAACAGUCUUAAGAAACUGAUUGGGAAAGCAAAGAGAGGGUUUAUGACCAAUGCACUCUCGUCUAAGCGGCCCAAGGAAGUAUGGAAGACGAUCCAUCGCAUACUUCACCCUAGCCAGCAACCAAUAACUGUCUAUCCGGAUAAUAAGCACUUUACUUCUGCAGCUGAGCGUGUCGAUGCCUCAGUGGCAGUUGAUAAGGAGGAGCUCCAUAGGCGUAUUAAUGCGCUUGCGCAGGAUCCUGAUACUUCCUUUCGUCUGAAGAGUGUUACCUAUCAUGAAGUUAUUCGGGAGAGCAAAGCGCUGCGGUCCGACUGCUCUAUUGGUCCGGAUAACAUUCCAACCAAAUUCAUCAAGCUAUAGGUUAAGACCACUAAGCAUCGCCUUUAACGCAUAUCUUAAACACGCGCAUUCGAAACCGGACUUUUCAACUCUUUGGAAGCUUAAGGUUGCACGCAUUAGUCCCAUUCCGAAGGUGGGCGAACCCCAGGCAAAUGACGAUUUUCGCCCUGUUUUCAUUUUGCCUGUGUUAACAAAGGUUUAUGAAAGACUGUCUUGACGACAAAUGGUGGAUGUUAUCACGGAAACUGCUGCGCUUCAGCCAAACGUAAGUGCAUACCGCAAAGGCCACUCGACUACAACUACUUUGCUUGCAAUAAAUACCUCUUAUUAGCCGAGUUUUCGGUCCGUACUGUAAAUUACGGACCGAGUUUUUUUUCUAUCGAUAUAUGGCCCAAGCGCGAAGGGCGCGGGCCAUAAAUCGAUGGAAAAAAACGAGGAUCCGUAAUUUACAGCACGGACCGAAAAAACGAGGCUAAUAAGAUGUUUAUUAUAUGGCUUCUUCGUGUUUGGGGGACCGGAAACAAGUGCAGGACGCACAAUUUGACAAUCAUUUGACAGGCGUCAAAAAAGAAAGUUUUUAUUGGCGCACGAAAACAAUAGCACAUCCGAGAAAGUAAAAACAAAUUCGCCAUGUUGAAAAAGUUUAUUCGGUCAAAACUAAGAGCACUGUAAGUUUUAGCUCUUUAAUGUAACGCUGGAGUAUUUUGGAAACCGGACACUGUGUCUGUCUAGAAGUCCUUUCCAUCUUUCCUCCAUUUGUCCUUGGAAAAAAGGCAAAGACGCUUUUCAAGGUAAGUUUGUUGUCAUUGUCGAAGGAUUCCCUCGUUAAUUGUUUUUGGGAAAACCUCUCUUUCUGCCAGUUCAUUCUCGUCUUCAAUUGUGAUCUGCGUUAAAAUUUCCAAAUACUGACUAGCAUUCUCUUCCUCGGUAAGGUUACGAUUCAGUUUCUACAUCAGCUUCGUUCUCAUUAAAACAUCCCAGUCCUCAGGGUUUACAGUCAAAACUAACAGCACUGUAAGUAUUCACUCGUUAUUGUGACGCUGGAGUCUUUUGAAAACUGGACAUGUCUGGCUCGAGCUCGCUUCUAUAUUUCUUUCGUUGGUCUUUGAAAAAAAAAAUGCAAAUGACAAAGAAGCUUGUCAAGAUGAUCGGGUGCAGGUAUGUUUGUUAUCAUAUUUGUCGAAGGAAUUACUCAUUUUCUCUUAGGCAAAACAUCUCGAAUCUCUGCCAGUCGAUUUUCGUCUUCUUAACUGUGUACUACGAUAAAAUUUUCAAACACUUACUAGAAUCCUCUUCGAUAAGAUUACGAGUUAGCUUUUUCAUCACCUUCGUUCACAAAUAAAUACAGUUUAAAAUGUUGAAGGCCAAAGUCAACAUCCAAGUCCUAAAGGUUGACAGGUGUCUUAAAACUUUGUUUAAACCUCAUUUCCGAGGUAAAGAGAUUUAGAGCUUUUUUCUUUAAAAAUUUUGGUCCGUAUAGCAAGUUACGGACCGCAAAUUGACCAAUCGCAUGGCGAAAACAGACUCAGCCAUAUAAUAAGAGAUGAUAUCCUCAAGGCAAUGAACAGAGGUGAGGUCACCAUUGCAAUAAUGGAAGACUUUUCUAAAGCUUUUGAGACAGUUGUGUACGAGACAUUUCUGUGCAAAUUGCAUAAGCUAGGGUUUUCCAAGUCCUCUCUACAUUGGAUUGUGAGUUAUUUGACUGAUCGAACGCAGUACGUCCAAAUCGAUGAUCGCUCGUCGGAACGCAUAAAUGUGUCUUUUGGGGUACCUCAGGGAUUCAUUUUGCGUCCUCUUAUUCAACCUUUAUGUCAACGACUUGACAAACGUACUUCCAACCGAAGUGAAUUGCCAUCAAUACGCGAACGAUAUUAUGAUUUAUAGUCACUGUAAACCAUCUGAGCUUCAGAGUUGUCAGGCGGAGAUGCAGGCUGUCUACAUGGUCUUCCCGAUGCAACUUGGCGCUCCAUCCUAAGAAGACUAAAGUAGUAAUGCUUCUUUCAACUCCCCAGAUGUCACGAACUCAUGGACCAGACGCACACUCCAUCCAUCUCUGCCGAAUGGAAAGGGUCUCGGGCGAGUUUUAACUUUCCGUCUACUUGGUACGGAAGUGCACGAAAACGUCAACUGGAAAAGAGAGAUAAACUACAAGAUCUCAAGUUGUUACGGAACUUUGUCUGUACUGAAGAAGCUCAAAUACCUUGCUCCGUAUAAUGUCAGAAAACACUUGGCAGUGUCUUAUUUUGUCAAAGAUCGAUUUUAAUGACAUUGUCAGUGAUACUAUAGCGGAUUAUCUUGUUAAGAGACUUCAGCGAUUACAGUUAGCAGUUGCUAAGCUGUCUACCUGGUCAUCCCGAUGUAACUAUGUGACUACACGUACGUACUCUCCAUCAAUUUCUGCGCAAAUGGAAAGGGUCUCGAGCGAGUUUCAACGUUCCGCUUAACGGCUGCUAGUUUUGUUUUAGGACGCUACGCAACCAAGCUUGAUUUGCUUUAUUAAACACGUUCAUACAGUCCCAUAGUUCCCUCGAAAACCAUACCCGAUUCCAGACCAAAAUGGACAAAGUCUUUACCCGUUUUCAAACCAAAACGGCCCAAAAACCCUACGCUUUGGGGCGUCACAGUCUAUAUGGCUUAUAUAAGGAAGUACCCACCGCGGAUAACUGUAGGCCCAUGUGGGUUAGUGUUGCCUAAUUCUUAAGUGGAUAAGGUGACUCCGCUGUUUUUUAUUAAAACAAUCAAUAAGGGCUGCAGAGUUGCUAGCUAGGAAAUGCAGUGCUCUUCCGAUUAAAUUGUAUUUAUUCGAGAGAGCGCCUUUUGAUUUUUCGACUUUAUUAGAGGGCGGCGCUCUUUCAAGAAACUUCGGUUUUCAGUUCAUAUGAGGGCCUUAUUACACUUGUAGUUCAUCUGCAUUACAUUUGAAAACUUUUACAUUUGUGGUUAAUUAUCACAUUUCUGGCUUUAACGGCCUAACUGACCGUUUUACUGCUUUCCGAGCAGGUACAUAUAAUUCUUUUUUACGCUGCACCACCCGAUUCAAAUAAUCUUCGCUGAAUUCGGCUGGUUCUACUUUUGUAACCGUGCGUCUGUCGAGAUAUAUCAAUUGUUCAUUAAGUUUUUCUUUGUUGUAAGGUCGACUUUGCUCCAUACCAAAUGUCAGUUUUGUCCGCGACGUGCGAAAGAUUGUCAUAUAUUUUGUUUAUAUUUAUUCUUAUUUAUGUCUCUAAAUCCAAUCGUUUAUUGCAUCUGAUUGAAUAUGCAUGAGGACGGUCACUUACUAAAACAAGCAGAGAAAACAAAUCUUGCUUGAUUUCAUGCAGUGCCUCAAAUAUAUAUCAUUAUGUAAAUAUCUAUUUACUAGGAAGCAUGAAAACAAAGCCUACCUACUGAAUGUGGAGUCUAAACAAAUUCCUGUGUACUGUCACAUGGAAGCUGCUGAGCUUGGAGCAUGCGGAGGAGGUGGAUGGACGCUGGUCAUGAAGAUCAAUGGCAGUAAGGUAACAGCAGCGAUGCAACAAUUUUAGUAUUCAUUGAUAAUACAUUGCCCGCGUUCAUGAUUGGCUCCAAUGCCUCGACUAAUUCUUCAUAAUCAACCGCCGCGUACCAUAUUUGGAAGAUGUAGGAAAUAUACAUGAUCGAUUCUAUGGUAUAUUGCCUAUAAUCAUAACUAUAACAAAAUUCUCAAAUCUGAUUGGUUCUCAACUGCCCUGAUUUCAGCCUUAAUUGGACAGUUUAAUAGAACAGUACGCGUCAUGCCUAAGUAAUUGGACAGUACGCGCCAUCACGCGCGCGCUUAAAUGGCUUUUUUUUCACUGCUAGCAAAACAAAAUUUCGAAUUUCUUGUGUUUUGGUUUAAAAAAUAGCCUAAUGUAUCACAAAUGUUGUUAAAGUUAUGAUUAAUUGGUAACAGAACUUCGUGUCGUCCAAUUCAGUCUGUAAUCAUAUUCGUGAUUAAACAAAUCGGACUCCCGCUACGCGGUCGUCCGAUUUUGUUAAUCACUCGUAUGAUUACAGACCGAAUUGGACUCCACUCAGUCCUGUUACCAUUACUUAUUAAAAGCUGACUCAUUGGAUAAUGCAAUUCAAAUGCUCUAAUUGGCGUAGCCAUCAUGUUAUAUGAGCCAUUAUACCAUGCUCUCCAAAUAUGGUAACUGUACGCGUCUGCUCAGAAUUAAAAACAAGGUGAAAAUCGGUUGUUUUUUAAAAUAAAGUCGGGAAGAAUUCUCGAUACUGUUUUUUGGAUGUUUUUGAUAAAACAAUUAUUCCACUCGCGCUUGUUGGAUAUGAGAUGAUUAUAGCCAUCUCGGCGCUACGCGCCUCGUUGGCUAAUCUACCAUUUCAUAUCCAACGCGCACUCGUGGAAUAAUUGUUAAAUAACCCAUCGAUCAACCUCGAGCAGUUUCCUUUAAACUAUUUUUUACUAAAAUUGCGACCGAGAAUUGCUAGCAAAUCAGUUUUGCGACAGAUUGCAAUCCUGGACAUAAGUGAACAGCGGAGCUGGUUUUAGAAAAGUAACUAUUUAGUAAACGGCUUUUAAGCAAUAAGCUGAAAGGAAGCGAACAUACCGUCAACUUUUGGCUGGGGAUACAGGUAUUGAAAUAACAAAUUUGAAAAUUUCCAAUCCAUACUGGACCGCACGGUAUGGGAGUCUGUUGUGUAAACCAUUCCGGCUCAUGUUUAAAAUUAGCUGUUAGUUACUUUCAAGCUUUGGUAUGAAUGGAGCAGGCGUGAUCUCAAUCCAGUGCAAUCCUUGGGGCAAGUUUUUUAAUAGCGCACGAACAAAACGUUUAUUUUCUGAAAGGUUGAUAGUUUAAGAUGAAUUGUUAGUUUUAUAAUGAAGUAGCUGAAAUUGACUUUAUUUAAUUUCUACCCUUUUUGGCAUAUUUUAUAUCAUAAUAAUGUUGCGCAAAAGAGGGUGAUCCGAGAUAGCCCAUGAGGAGAAUCUUGGGUGCCGCUGGCAAAAAUGUUACCGCGAAGGUUUCUUACAAGAAUAAGGCUUUACUGACAAACCAUGAGGCUAAUAUGGCUCGAUUUUGGCUGAGUUUGUUACGCCGCAAAAUGUAACAAUUGACGCAAAAUGUAACAUUAACGCGAAAUGUAACAUUAACCCGAAAUGUAACAACUUUUGACGCAAAAUGUAACAACUUUUUAACGCAAAAUGUAACAACUUUUUGACGCAAAAUGAAACAAUAUUUUUAACGCGAAAUGUAACAAGCAAAAUGUUACAGCCUUGAAAUAACAGAGAGACUUGGACAUAAGCCUUGUAGAUAAAGUGUAAAUUGUCUGGUGGUUACAAAAACAGUUUAUUGAUAAAGUUUUCUUAUAAUGUCAAAUAAACUAUGUCUUACAAAAGGUCGUAAAACAGGUGAUAAAGUACAAGUCAUGUAUAACCUUAAAACUAGCAGUAUGGACAAUAACAACAACGCUAACUUAUCAAACAUAACGUAUGGAAAAUAUCCCAAGCUAUGCGAAAAGAAUAUGACUAGAAAUGUGAACAAUAACACCGUAGUAAACACGCACCAAUCAGCAGUUGAAACGCAAGUUAAAAGUAAAAUUUAAGAAAGGUAAUCGUUCAAAGAAAAUGUUGAACGUAGUCAAUAAGAUAGAUAUGAAAUUUCUCAUUUCUUACCGGACUUCCAGUAAAUGUGAGGAAUUUCAUACCAACCCAGUCCUGGUGCCUUAAAACUUAACCAUGCCAACGCCCAUUUAACACUGUCUCACGCAGUCGGAUGACUGCUCCACUACACUUUCCUUUUAGGGAAAAGGGGAGGAGGUGGGUAAAAUCAGACAGCGUUGGAUAAAAACAGAGAGCGUCUUUACUCGAUGAUAGUGUGCAAAGAAUGAUCAGUAAUCGAUACUCGCCUCCAUGUCAUACGGGCUCAACUCCCUAGAGGGAGUAUGCUAAAAAUGUACCAUUCUAACCCAUCUAAUACGUCCUGGAUGUUGUAACGCCAACCUUCUUUUCAGCGUCACACAUAUGUACAGAAACAUAUACUAAACAACAAUUCGUUCGACUGUUUCAGGAUUUAGUUACUAUUAUCUGAAAACGUUUUGUAAGUUUAUUUGACAUUAUAAGAAAACUUUAUAAAUAAACUGUUUUUGUAACCACCAGGAAAUUUACACUUUAUCUACAAGGCUCAUGUCCAAUUCCAAGUCUCUCAGUUAUUUCAAGGCUGUAACAUUUUGCUUGUUACAUUUCGCGUUAAAAAUAUUGUUUCAUUUUGGGUCAAAACGUUGCUACAUUUCGCGUUAAAAAGUUGUUACAUUUUGCGUAAAAAGUUGUUACAUUUCGGGUUAAUGUUGCUUUUCGCGUCAAACGUUGUUACAUUUCGCGUUAAUGUUACAUUUUGCGUCAAUUGUUACAUUUUGCGGCGUAACAUGAGUUCCUUUUUAUUUGCGUUUUUAUGAACCGAGACCGAGUUGAGGUCCAUAAUAUCGCGAAAAAGAACCAGCCCAGCAUCCAUUCCUCUUGACCGAAGAUUUGGUAAAUCAAGGAUUUAUUACAUGGCCAAAAAGGAAAUUGUUUCUCGCACAGACCACAGGAUUCGCUUCAUCUUGACGGGUCGUAAAACGGCCAGUCAUAUAAUGUAGCCUCUUCACACUGGCUCACUAGUUCACCGAGAUGGCAGCCAUUGACCAUCAUCACAGCGAAAUGUUUAGAGGAAUCUUGCAUGUUACGUCAUUUACCUGGCUGGGGGUAUUCAUUACAUUAUUUUAAUUCUUACCAGGCGUUUGAUUAUUCUCAAGACUACUUGGGGAGGGGGAGGAGGUUGGAUGUAGUUGACCCCCAGGGACCAGAAGGGCAAAUUGGAUAGUCUUACAAACUUUUGGAGCAGAAUGUGACUGCUGUGAUGUCAUGUGAAAACAGUUUGUUAAUUGACGAUAUAUGAUUCUUUAUCUGUUUAGAGUGCCUUUCAUUACGAUUCAAAAUUGUGGACCGACAAGAAGGACCAUAAUCCCUCUACGGGAAAGUCCCUGCUUGAUCAUCAAGAAACAAAAUUACCCACAUACUGGGGCACACCAUUUACUAAGAUCUGUCUCGCUAUGAAGAUCGGCCAUCAAGUUAAUUCGAUCGUCGUCAACAAACAAGCCAUCUCCUUACACUCCCUGAUCGCUGACGGAUACUACCGUUCAACCAAUUUGAGUCGUCAUACCUGGAAGACGCUGAUUGGCCAACAGGCAUCGCUGCAGAGAAAUUGUAACCAAGAAGGGUUCAAUGCUCGCGGGCCGGGACACCACAGCAGAGCAAGAAUAGGUAUCAUAGGUAACGAACAAAACGACUGUGAUACCCCUGACUCAAGAAUUGGGUUUGGUACUAGUGGUUAUCCUGGAGACAACACCUGUGGAAACACGGCGGCCUUGCACCAACCAGACAAUGGUAGCAAAAACAUUAAAGCGAUGGGCUACAUCCUGGUGCAAUAAGUAUACAAAUGCAACGUUAAAAAUAUUGUUCGACUUCAUAGUCAAUGAUCAGUGUCCUUUACAAUGCUAAAUAUAUAGAGACUCUAGGUUAAGUGAAGGCUUAAUUCUUGCGUGAACAAAUAUUUGUGGAAAUUAAAUUGAAUAAACGCAUUGCUC